UUUAGGAGCCAUUGCUGUGGACAGAGAAACGGGGACUUGAGCGGCCAUUGAGGGUGGCCAGGGUGCCGGUGGGCCCCUCCUCCCCCCCAUCUGCUCGGUGUGCGGGCUGAGCUUCGAGGGGCUGAACAUGACGGGGCACAACAAAGAGAAACGUUAUGAGUGUGAUGUGUGCGGCUUGGCCUGUGGGUGCCCGAGCAAGCUGGAAAUCCACCUGCGGGUGCACACGGGAGAACGCCCCUUCGGCUGCUCGGAGUGCAGCAAGAGCUGCAAGACGGCGCAGGACCUGAAGGCCCACCGGCGGGUGCACACGGGAGAACGCCCCUUCGACUGCUCAGAGUGCGGCAAGAGCUACAAGACAGCGAAGGACUUGAAGAUCCACCGGCAGGUACACACGGGCGAGAAGCCCCACGUCUGCCCCACCUGCGGCAAGAGCUUCACCUGGUUGUCGGGGCUGCGGGAUCACCGGCGGGUGCACAGCAGCGAGCGGCCCUUCACCUGCUCCGACUGCGGCAAAGGCUUCAAGUCGUCCACGCACCUGAAGGUGCACAUUCGCCUGCACACGGGGGAACGCCCCUACACCUGCGGCGACUGCGGCAAGGGCUUCGCCCAGUCCGGCACCCUAGUGGAGCAUCAACGCACCCAUGCCGGCGAGCGGCCCUUCACCUGCUCCGACUGCGGCAAAGGCUUCAAGACGUCCAGCGUCCUGAAGGUGCACAGGCGGCUGCACACGGGGGAGCGCCCCUACACCUGCAGCGACUGCGGCAAGGGAUUCACCAUGUCCAACCACCUGCUGGUGCACCAGCGCACCCACACCGGCGAGCGCCCCUUCACCUGCGCCCAGUGCGGCAAGGGCUACACCCGCUCCACCCAGCUGCUGAACCACCAGCGGGUGCACACCGGCGAGCGUCCCUCCCUCAGGCCCUUCGGCUGCUCCGACUGUGGCCAGGACUUCAAGAGUGCGGGGGACCUGAAGGUCCAUCGGCGGGUGCACACGGGCGAGAAGCCCUAUGGCUGCCCCACCUGCGGCAAGAGUUUUUCCCGGUCGUCGGGGCUGUGGGAGCACCGGCGGGUGCACAGCGGAGAGCGGCCCUUCACUUGCUCCGACUGCGGCAAAGGCUUCAAGUCGUCCAUGCACCUGAGGGUGCACCGGCCCGUGCACACGGGGGAACGCCCCUACACCUGCAGCGACUGCGGCAAGGGCUUUGCCCAGUCCAACAACCUACUGAAGCACCAGCGCACCCACACCGGCGAGCGCCCCUUCAUCUGCGCCCAGUGCGGCAAGGGCUUCUCAUGCUCCAACCAGCUGCUGUCCCACCAGCGGACCCACCGGCGGGUUCACACGGGCGAGAAGCCCUAUGUCUGCUCCACCUGCGGCAAGAGCUUCGCCCGAUCGUCGGGGCUGUGGCGGCACCAGCAGGUGCACGGCAGUGAGCGGCCCUUCUCCUGCUCCGACUGCGGCAAAGGCUUCAAGUCGUCCACAAACCUGACAGUUCACAGGCGCCUGCACACCAAGGAGCGGCCCUACACCUGCGGCGACUGCGGCAAGGGCUUCACCUGCUCCAGCAGCCUGCUGGUGCACCAGCGCGCCCACACCGGCGAGCGCCCCUUCACCUGCAGCGACUGCGGCAAGGGCUUCACCUGCUCCAGCAGCCUGCUGGUGCACCAGCGCACCCACACCGGCGAGCGCCCCUUCACUUGCGCCCAGUGC